UGUACUGAUGAAGGCGUAAGCCGAAACGCGUUGAUCUACCUUUUAAAUUUUGUAUGUAGCCCAGUGAAUUAAAGGCUUUUUAAUAUUUUUCUCACUUGAGUGCCUUGGAUUUUUGUACAUUUAGUAUAUUAUUUCCUCUUAACGUCCAAAGAGCACCAGUGUUUGUUACAAAGAAGACCAGUGUAGCACGCUCUGCUAUUUCUCAUAUACGAAGGCAUUCAUUUAUUGAAUUGUAAUUGCAGUGUUUGGAAGAGAGAUGGAUUCAUUCCUACCGAAUGCUGUGUUGACCUGUGACUUUGUCCCUGAUAUCGGACCCUCGUCAGAGGUCGGCUGCGCUGCCGGUUGGUUGAAUCCAAGUGGAGGAGAAGAGGAGAAAAUCCCAACAAUGUUGGGAUGGAGAUGUGAUGAUGACGGAAUGGAUUUUGUUCUUCCAAGCGCUGUCCCUGACAUUGUCCCGAACAACGGACAUUUGUUGGACAGACGCGGUAGUUCACAUCCACGAGGAGGAGUAAAGGAGUUUACUCCUGCAUUUGAGGAGGCGAACAGCCCCAAAGAAAAUUGCAUGACUAAAAUCUUGAACUCAAUAAAGAAGGGAUGGAAUAAUGUAAAGCACCCAUGCCUUCAGAAUGAUAAGGUGGAAACACUGAUUCCUUCAGAGCUUAAUGCAGAUUCAGCUAUUCCUAAUCUAAAGGAUGAUGCUGGUCUGGGGAGCUCUGAAUUAAACACUGAAAUCAAACCGGACAAACGAAAGGCUUUCUUUGGCUGUCUCUGGAGGGGCAAGGUGGAGUCGAUGCCGACUCCACAGCUUAAAGCCGAUCCAGCUAUCCCUGAUGUUAGGGAAGUUGUUGAUCCGGCAUCUCAGUCAAAGACCUACGUUGGUCCGAAGAAACAGAAAAAGAAACAAAAGGCUUCAAAGAGCCGCAAAUGUAACCUCCAGGGAGAAAAAGUGACUGUUGUGCCAACUCAACAGCCCAAGGCUAUUUCAGAUAUUCCUGUUGGCAUGGAUGUUCCUGCUCUGGCCGGCCCCCAAUCAAAAACAAAGAUUCAUCCGGAUAGUCGCAAGACAUUGAAGCAACGUUUACUUGGAUGCUUCCGGAGGGGCAAAGUGGAGUCAAUGCCGACUUCACAGAUUGAAGCCGAUCCAGCUAUCCCUGAUGCCAGGGAAGUUGUUGAUCUGGCAGAUUCUCAAUCAAAGAUUGUUGGCUUAAAGAAAAAACAAAAAAAGGCUUCAAAGAGCCGCUCAUUUCACAACCCUUGGAGAAAAAAAGGGAAGAGUAAAGUGAAAAAAGAUGCCGAUCCAGCAAUUCCUGAUGCCAUGGAUGGUGCGGAUCUGGCCAGUUUGGGUGGCAUCGCUGCAGCCAAUGCCAGGCUACAAAAGAUAGGUGCCAUUCCAGAGAAUAUCGCGUUAAAGGGUGGCGAAAAUCCCGACCCAAAUAAAGCUCCUGGGCCUAAAAAUGUCAGGCCAAAAGCUCUAAAUGUCUUUCAACGAGCUAUUGAAGCGCUAAGAGAGAUUAAACCAGCUGAUCCCCCAGAGUCUUAUGAAACAUUUUUUUCCAAAUAUCAACUCUUGGAGCAUAAAGUGCUUGGACAAGGUAGCUUUGGCAAAGUGUACAAAGGGAUCCGUAGAUCGGAUGGGAGUUCGGUUGCCAUCAAACGAAUAAUCAAACGAAAGCGUGAAAGAACGCUUAAGAUUCCUGGACACCCCGAACCGCUCAUUACAGAAGUGGCGCUGAUGCUUCAGUUAAGAGAUGCUCCCUCAUGCCCCAGUGUCAUAGGGUUGUAUGAGUGGUAUGAGACAAGACAAUUUCACAAUCUCGUGUUGGAGUACCCUCGGCACAGUGUAUCCUUGUGGGAUUUUGUUACCAGUCAAAUACAACUAAGCGAAUAUACAGCAAGACAUCUCAUGCGUCAGGCGGUACUGGCAGUGCAACACUGUCUGGAUAAUGGAGUUUUCCAUACAGACCUCUAUGCUAGCAACUUCUUGGUGCAGAAAUCAACAAUGACCCUGAAGUUAAUUGACUUUGGACUUGGACAUCUUCUUAAGUAUGAUGGCUUUAAGUCCCACGUCUUUAAAGGAGCUCCAUUUUGCACCCCGCCUGAGAUCAAAACGGCUAAGAAAUUCCACGCCAUGCCAGCAAACGUCUGGGCCUUAGGUGCUUUGCUGUACUUCAUGGUGCUUGGAAUUUCACACCUUUAUUCCAAAAAGCUUUACUUGAAGGAAAAGGGUUUAUCAAACGAAAUCUGUGAUCUGAUAAAAAGAUGCCUGGCCAAAAAUCCAAGUGAUCGUCUGACGCUCAAGCAGAUCUUAGAUCAUGACUGGUUUAAAACUGAGUAAGAUGAAGAAGAGCUGCUCUUUCACAAAAUGAGGCACUAACACAGACGAAGCUUAAUGACUGAAGGAGAGAGGAAUGAUGGGAGAUGCUGUUUUCAUGGAUGAGUUUCUACAACCAGAAACCAAGAAUAGCACCUUGAACACAUUAAAUAAAAAUGUUUUAAUUCAUAUUGUUUUAAUCAUUUUAAGUUGUGUAAUAUAGUGUCUAAUAUAUAGUAUGUCCUCUAUAGAAUCAGCUGUCUGGCUCUCUCUUUAGGGUUUUUUUCUCCUACAGUAGGAGUUUAGGGAGUCAGCUGACAUUGGCUUAACUUAAAUCCCUCUUCUAUACAUUACAUUAUUACAAUGCUUGAUAGUUCAGUUUAAUCUGUACUUUGCAACUUAUGUUUUCCCUUGAUUUUUCUGUGUUUUUCCUUUUUUAUUAAUGUAAAGCUGCUUUUAAAUAAUUAAACAAUUGUGAAAAGUGCUACAGUAUAUAAAUAAAAUUAAAUUUAAUUGAAUAUGGAAGACUUUCUUUAGCAGAUGUUUUAAUUUGCUUUUUUACUUUUUUAUUUGAUCGAACUGAUUAACUUGGGUCACUUACAGUAUGUACACGUUUUUCAUAUGCAAUAUCAAACCCUUGACCUUGGUAUAAAAUACUUUUAACUUAUUAAAUCCAAUCAGACCUGUUAAACCUGAUGUUGUUUUAUACCAAAUAAAUAAGUACACUUAAUUUAUUUUAGCUUAUUUAAAUCUGUGUAUUUGAACAUUUCACCAAUAGCAUAAAUUAUACUGCUAUUGUUAUAGGACUGUUGUUUAUUUAUACAACUGCAGCUAAUUUUGUUAUCAUUGUUGGCUGUUAUUUUGUUGCAAUUGGCCUUAAAUGAAUCUAGAAAUGCACUUUAGCCGCAGAAAUUAUUUACUGUUUUAAAGCGCUCGAAACACCUGCUGGUGAAAACAGAAAAGCAACACGAUCUCACUCCAAACAUUUUACACUUUUUACACAAUAAUUGCAAGAUUUUUCUAAAAUAAAAAGUCAA